UUUGUCACGUGACUGCUGACAAGAUGUGGACGCUUUGCUUGUUUGCUCUGUUAACGGUUGUCGCUUCUGACACGGAGAGGAGUGGAUGCGUAUAUUACGAGCGUUCGAGUGGCAGUUACUCUUUCAAGUCUGGUGUCGAUUCCGCAGCUGUAGCCUGCGCAACAUUAGUGGACGAGAUCUCUACAACAGGAUGGUCAUACCUUAAGGUUGUAACGAAUGAGAAUUACGAUGAUUAUGUGCAGGCAUUUGCUGCUGGCUACGUAGAAAGUUACUUGACGUUUGAGCUGAUUCACAAUCACUGGCUAAAUACCCAAUCUCAGUACUGCAAUAAGCCUUCUGAGUAUUGCUCAAAGCUUAGUGAUUUUCUUGAUAAGCAAGAGCAGUACAUUCAGGGUGAGCUUGAUCGUUGUGAAGCCACUGAUAGCUACUGGCAUCAGAUUGGACUUGCUCUUACACAAUUGAAUGGCAUUAUUGAGGGAUAUGGAAAUGCUACAAAUGGAAUGGAUGGUUAUGAAAUUUCACGUCGAGGAUUUUUGCUAUUAAACAUUGGAGGUGAUCUUGAAGAUCUUGAGACAGCUCUAGGAGCUCCUAGUGAAGAAUCUUCACGUGUUGUAGGAGGUGGUUCCUGCUCUGCACUCAUCAAAUUUUUGCCUGACAUGUCUGAUGUUUUCGUUGGUCAUGACACUUGGACUGAUUUCACCACAAUGCUUCGUAUAUACAAACUGUACAAUUUUUCAUUUCACGCAUUUAACGGCGGAACAAAUGAUUUUAUUCCUGGACAUCAAGUUUCUUUCUCAUCAUACCCGGCCACAAUCUACAGCGGUGAUGACUUCUAUAUUCUCAGUUCUCAUUUGGUUACCAUAGAAACAACUAUUGGCAAUUCAAACGACAAAUUAUGGCAUUUUGUACAGCCAGUAGGUCAAGUAUUAGAGUGGCUACGUAAUAUUGUUGCCAACAGACUAGCAAAUACUGGUGAAGAAUGGUGCAAGCUAUUUGCUAGAUACAAUAGUGGAACAUACAACAAUGAGUGGAUGAUUGUCGAUUAUAAACAAUUUGUUCCUGGCCACAAAGUGCAAAGUGAUACUCUGUGGGUUCUCGAACAGAUUCCUGGUUACGUUGAAUAUCAUGACAUGUCGCAUGUGCUGAAUGAGAAAGGAUACUGGGCAAGCUACAAUGCUGCAGCAUUUCCCGACGUGGCCAACAUGAGUGGAAUUCCUCAGCUGGUGGCAAAGUACGGAGACUGGUUUACUCAUGACAAAACUCCUCGUGCAUUGAUCUUUGCAAGAAAUCAAACAGACAUCACUGAUAUGACAUCAAUGUACAAGUUGAUGAGAUACAACAAUUUCAAAGACGAUCCUUUAUCUCGUUGUGACUGCAAUCCACCUUACAGUAGCGAGAAUGCUAUCUCCGCUCGUUCCGAUCUCAAUCCAAAGAAUGGUACCUACCAAUUUGGUGCUCUAGGACUUCGAAAUCAUGGAGGAACAGAUUCCAAGAUCACAAGUUUCUCUAUGAGCAAGACAUUGAGUUGUUUGGCUGUGAGUGGUCCAACUCACGAUCAACAGCCAGUGUUCCAGUGGAGUACAUCACCCUUUAGUAAUGUCACUCACUUAGGAAUGCCUGACCGGUGGGACUUUGAUGCUGUGACAAUCCAUUGGGAAGGAUGAACAAGAAUUCCAAGCGCGAGUUGGAUCUUUACAAUUUUUGCUCCUAGGCACGUUGCGAUGUUUGUAGUUUGGUUUACCUCGAACAGCUGAUGUUUUUGCUAAGAAUAUAUAUUCAAUGAGUACUGUCUACA